CCGCCGGUGGCUGGGCCCGGCGAUCCGGAGCGGGGGCGUCCCCGGUGCCUGCGGCAAACCCCCACCGCCGCGGCCCCACUCGCCAGCCGGCCGCCAGAGCGGAGAGACGCGGCAGCCAGGCGGGGGGGGGGAAGAUGUCCCACGAGAAGAGCUUCCUGGUGACGGGCGAGGGCUUCCCGGGGCAGCAGCCGACGGUCCCCCCGGCCUACGCCCAGCCCCCCUACCCCGCCGCACCAUACCCCCAGCCCCAGUUCGCCCCGGCACCCUACAACCAGCCGGGCUUCCCGCAGGGGCCGGGGCCGUACCCCCCCCCGGGGCCGUACCCCCCUGCGGGGCCGUAUCCCCCCGGACCGUACCCCCCCCCGGGGCCGUACCCCCAGGGUCCCUACGCCCAGCCGCCCUAUGCCCAGCCGCAACCCAUGGUCCCUGGGGACCAAGAUUCUGGAGCCGGGCCCCACCGCUGGCCAUGGAGACCGGGCAUCAUGGUCAUCCGAGUCGCCCCCCUGCACAGCACCUACCACGAGGAUGGGCCACCCUCCUACUAUGACAACCAGGACUUCCCCACCGCGCACUGGGACGACAAGAGCAUCCGGCAGGCCUUCAUCCGGAAGGUCUUCCUGGUGCUGACCCUGCAGCUGACCGUCACCUUCGCCUUCGUGGCCAUCUUCACCUUUGUGAAAGGCGUGAAGGGCUUCGUGCAGCGCAAUGUCUGGACGUACUACGUCUCCUACGCCGUCUUCUUCAUCUCCCUCAUCGUCCUCAGCUGCUGCGGGGAUUUCCGUCGCAAGCACCCCUGGAACCUGGUAGCUCUGUCCAUCCUGACCGUCAGCCUGUCCUACAUGGUGGGGAUGAUCGCCAGCUUCUACAACACCGAUGCCGUCAUCAUGGCCGUGGGCAUCACCGUCGUCGUCUGCUUCAGCGUCGUCAUCUUCUCCCUGCAGACCAAGUACGACUUCACCUCCUGCCGGGGCGUGCUCAUCAUCUGCCUCGUCGUCCUCAUCGUCUUCUCUAUCCUCUGCAUCUUCAUCCGGAACCGCAUCAUGGACAUCAUCUAUGCUUCCCUGGGGGCCCUGCUCUUCACCUGUUUCCUGGCGGUGGACACGCAGAUGAUCCUGGGGAACAAGCAGCUGGCACUCAGCCCCGAGGAGUACGUCUUCGCCGCCCUCAACCUCUACACAGACAUCAUCAACAUCUUCCUCUACAUCCUGGCCAUCAUCGGCAGGGCCAAGGAGUAGCGGCCCCACCGCCACCGCCGUGGCCCCCCUGCCACCCCCCGGCGCGUGUUCCGGUUUGUGGUCCCCCCCCUCCGCCCCCGUAGCCGGUUUUGUUUGGUGUUCUCAUCGCACCCCCUCGUCAGUUCUCCCGUUAAGAGUUUCUUUGACCCCAGCCACCUCCCCGGCUCCUGACGGGAGUGGCUGUGGGGGCUCGCAGAGCUGGGGAGGGGGCACGGGGUGACAGUUCUGUCCCCUUGCUGGGAGGCAAGGCGCUUGCCCAUGCCUGCCUGCCUGCCUGCUGGGGUGUCACAGCCGCCUGCUGCCCCUUCUGUCCCCCCUAGAAAACCCCUGCCCAGGCCCUCCGCUUCUCCCCUCCCCGCUGUGAAUAUGGCUUUUCCCCCCACCUUGUGUUGAACGCGGACUGGAAGCACUUUCUCCCCCCAUCCGUGGUGGAGCUCACCCCCUCCGUCCCGCUCCCCCUGCGCACGCGCUGCCCUUGCCGCCCCCCUCGGCCACACAGGCAAGGUCAGCGCCAGCGGCCCCCCUCCAGUUCCCCAGCCCCUCCUCGGGCUGCAGGCAGGGCUGCGGGCAGGGUCCCGCCACCCAAGCGGGUGGGGGGGUCCCCGAGCUGGGCAUUGGUCACUGCAGAGCAUCCCUGUGGGGACCUGGCCCCCUCCCAGGGCCUGAGCUGCUGUCCCUGCCCGUCCCUGCCCAGGCAGCGGGGGGGGGGGGGUCCUGGCCCUGGUCCCAGCCCCCUCCCCGUGUGGCCAAGGCUCUGUUCUUGCACCGUUCUGUGGCUCCAGCUCCCGCUGUUAAUAAACCUCGGUCUAGUUCA